AUGAAGACGAAGAGAAAAAAUCAACAACAAUCCCCGUCGAGAAAAUCCCCUAGAUUCUCAUCUCCUUCCUCAACUCAUUUUUCGGCCAAACCCAAACCCAAACCCAAACCCAAACCCGAAACCGAAACCAAAACCAAAACCAAAACCAAAUCCUGGUCCGACAAAUCAUUGGCCCUGUCACUGCCUGUGGUGGAUCAGGCUCCCCUUGACAUCUGCUAUCCUUCGGACGAGGAAGAUGAACAACCUAUUCGCAGAUUGUCGAGAUUCACCGCGAACAAGUACAGAACUCCAUCGCCAAAGGCCACCGGACCAAAAUCGCUUCCUUCUCUGCCUGCGUCUCAACUGAGGAGGUCCCAGAGAUCCUCAUCCAAGUCUUCUUCAUCAGCUCCGGCGUUGAGUUUGAGAGACGGCUUGAAUAUGGGUCCCGAGCAGAAACGGCGUUUGCUCCUGGAUGAUAAAGAAGCCGCGGGUCGGGUUAGGAAGAAGACAAAAGAGGAUCCGAGUGAAACAGUUCUGAGGAGGUCUUACAGGUUAAAAGGGGUUGUAAGUGGAAAUUCAGCCCCUCGACUGCUUGAAUUACCCGAGCCUAGUUCUAAAUCUGCCAAAAAGUGCUUUUUGAGCGAGAAGUGCUUAAGGUCGAGAAGUGUGUUGAUGCAUAAGGUGGAGAAGACUUGUACUGCGGAAAAUAGUAAUGAUUUAAGUUUGAAGUGCUUAGGUCCUCCUUUGGCUAAGCAUGCAUCAGUAAAAUCGCCUGGAAUUAAAGAGAAGGGGACUCUGAAAAGUGCUUAUAGUGGAAUAUGCUCAAAAUCAAGAACUGUUAAACUGAGUGUUGGAAAUGAUAAAGAGAAGGGGAAAAGUAGGUCCAAGAAAAGUGGUGAAGAUGUUAGUAAUAGAAUAAAUGCGAAGUAUUUCGGGUCUGAAAAAUCAGAGCUCGCUAUAAUUGAGUUGCCUGAAAGUCCGAGGAAUCUGAGGAGAAAUAGCUUAGGUUGGUCUCGUAAGGAUAGUGGCGAAAGCCCAAAACUUGAGUUGCUUGUGUUAUCUGAGAAAAGUACUUUUUCAAAUGAGAAGUGCUCAAGGUCGACAAGAAGUGUGAGAAGGCAAUUGCAGAAAGAAAUGUUGGAGACGGGUAAUUCUGUAGUUGGAUUGCCUAAAAACUCAACAAAUCCAAGGAUUAGCUCGAGGAGGUGCCGUACGGAUCAUGGUGCAAGCUCAAAAGCUGAGACGCUUGUGUUACCACAGAAAAGUGCUUUUUCAAGCAAAAAACGUUUAGAGUUGAGAAGUGUUGAAAUGCAGGUGAAGGAAGAAAGCUCUGAUAGAGAAGGCUCUGUGUUGAAUGAGAAACGCUUACUGUCCCCGAAAAUAGAGUCUGUCUUAAACGAGCUGUUUGGUAUUAAUGAGGAGAUGGAUGUGGAUAAAUGUGAUUUGGAUGUACAGAAUGAAAAGUGCCUGCAUUGA